UGUAAAAUGCAUUCAUCCUCUCUCCUGUGUCGCUGCUGCUGCUGCUGCUCUCGCACACAUAAAAAGAGCAGCGACGCCGGCAGCGCAACGUCAACGUCGGCAGAGGGGGUUGCGAUGACUCUUUAAAACCAGCUGCGCUCGCUCUGUAAGCCACAUUUGUUUUCUGUUCGUCGUCGUGUCAACAUCUGCGCCUCGAGCCGAGAGAGCUGUAUCAGCUUCGUCCAUAUGUUUUAGUGCACUAGAAAUUCGUAUGUGAGUGCGUGUGUUUUGUGUUCUUGUGUUUCAAACUCUAUGUCGGAUUAAACAAAUAGCAAUAAACGUAAAGUAAGCAACGCAAGACACAAAAAUUAACUCACAAAACAAAAAAACAACAAGAACAAUGCUCAAGCGGACUUAAUAACAACAAAAUCAACAUCAACGCAACUUAUUCUAACUGUAAAUGUGCGUGUGCAUACAAAAAAGUGCGGAAAUUGUGUUUUAGCAAUUUUCUAAUAACGCAAACAUUUUAACAAAAAGCAAUACAACAAAUUAUCAAAUAUACCUAUUUGAAACAUUAUAUAUUAAUUAACAAAAUGCUGUGGGAAACUAUUGCCGAAGAGAACAACUGCAGCAUGGAAUGCAAUAUCAGCAACACCAGCAAUAACAAAAACAGCUCCAGUCGACGCGUUCGCCGCCAGCUGUCCUGCAACAACAACGAUGUCAUGGCCAUGGACGCUGACGAGGAGCUCUCGUUUUACAACGAUGAUGAACUUGCUCUGCCACAGCAGCAACGUGCCAUCAGUCCCGAGCUUCUCGGUCUGCUCUCGCCUGAGGGUUCACCGCAGCGCUUCCACAUCGUCCGCCAGCAAAAGUCAACUGCAGCCACCAGCCACAUGAAUGCAACACCAGCCCGGAGUUUUCGUGUGUUCAACAGCCUGUCGUCCAGUGGCUCCAUGGAGUCUAACAUGGAUGAUGAGUAUAUGGAGCUGUUUGAAAUGGAAACGCAGCAGCAGCACUCUUUGGCUAUGCCCAGCGGUCUGAACUCGCUGAUCAGCGGUCUAAUCAAGGUGACACCCAAGUCACCCGAGUGUAUGGUAAUGCGUCGUCCAUCGGUGCGUCGCUGCCUUAGCAUGACGGAGCCCAACAGCAACCAGCUAUCACAGCAACAACAACAACAACCAAAGACGCCAGAAAUUUUAAAAGAGACUGCCAGGGAUUGCUUUAAGCGCCCUGAACCGCCCGCAUCUGCCAAUUGCUCGCCCAUUCAGAGCAAACGUCAUCGUUGCGUCGAAAAGGAAAACUGCCCCACACCCCCUCCCAGCACAAGCAGCACGCACGCGCCCCCACUGCGCAAGUGCAUGUCAUUGAACGAUGCUGAGAUUAUGUCAGCAUUGGCACGCUCCGAGAACCGCCAGAACAAUGAACCCGAGCUGAUUGGCGACCUGAGCAAGACUUAUGCCCUGCCACUGAUGGACGGCCGCCAUAGGGACCUCAAGUCCAUCUCAAGCAAUACGGUGGCGCGAUUGCUAAAUGGCGAUUUCGAGCACCAGGUGGCCAGCUAUCGUAUCAUUGACUGCCGCUAUCCGUACGAGUUCGAGGGCGGCCACAUACAGGGCGCGAAAAAUCUUUACACACAUGAGCAGAUACUCGAGGAGUUCCUCUCCGCGCAGCAGACUGAGCUGCAGCAGCAGCAAAAUGCCGAUGCCGGCAACAAGCGCAACAUUAUCAUCUUCCACUGUGAGUUCUCCUCGGAACGUGGCCCCAAAAUGUCGCGUUUUCUGCGAAAUUUAGACCGUGAGCGCAACACCAAUGCUUAUCCGGCGCUACACUAUCCCGAGAUCUAUCUGCUACACAAUGGCUAUAAGGAGUUCUUUGAGACGCACUCGGAGAUGUGCCAGCCUAAUGCAUACCGGCCCAUGCUGGAGCCGGCAUACAAUGAGGCGUAUCGUCAUUUCCGCGCCAAGUCCAAGUCCUGGAAUGGUGAUGGACAAGGCACAGCUACGGGUCGAUUCAAGAAAUCACGUUCACGUCUAAUGCUGUAAAUCUGCACUGAUGGGGUGUGGUUUGGGUUGGGGUGUAGACUACCAUUUACUUUUGUAUAUAAAAAACUGGGUAUUUAUUUCAUUUUAAAAAAGUUUUAAGUUGAUUUUGUUGAUUUUCAUUUGUUAAUUUAAUAGCGCUUAAGUUUAUAUUGUAAUCACACGUCCUCAUACACACACACACACACACACACAACAAACAAACAUACUACUAUAUUUGACAGACAACCAUUCAAUGUAAACCUAUGUUUUUUUUGACAUUUUUAGUUAGUUAUUUUGGUCAAAUUAUUGUUUGUUAAUGAAAUUUUUUGAUUUAGAUCAAUUUAUUAGAGCUUUAGGUCGAAUUUUAACGUAACUAAAAUGUGCAUUAUAAUAUAAACAAAAUAUGGCAAUGUCAUAAAAGUUUAAGAGGCCCGCAAAUAAUAGUAAUCAUCCCCUACCAUUUACUUACAUACAUAUAACGACUAUAGUUUUUAAGCAGUAACUCAAAUGGCUAACAAAAAACAUAACACAUCAAUCGCACAAUCAUCAAAUACAUACAUUACACUUAUACAUAUAUAAUAAGAUAAGAGUUGAAAGUUGAAAACUUCUGAUAGGUACAAUUUACGCUUAUUAUUUGUUUAAUUUUAUGUAAACAA